ACCUGUUACGUCACAGCGUGUAUAUAAAGCUUGGGCGUUUGCGCAGCUCUUUUCCGUGUCUCCAUCUUCUGUCACUGAGCAGAUCACGAUCCAUCCAACAUGUCUCUGUUUGCAGAGUUUCUUCAGCAGAUUACGUACACGGGUGUGCCUGACGACACUGGGUGUCAGGGGACUAUUAGACCAUUCCCUCAGUUUAACCCAGGAGGAGAUGCAGCCAUUCUGGACCAAGCCAUCAAGACAAAGGGUGUGGACGAAGACACCAUCAUCAAUGUUCUGGUGAAGCGGACCAACGAACAGAGGCAGCAGAUCAAAGCUGCAUAUCAGAAGGCCGCUGGCAAGCCCCUCGAUGUAGCUCUAAAAGCAGCACUGAAGGGUGAGCUGGAGGAUGUGGUACUGGCUUUGCUCAGGACUCCUGCUCAGUAUGAUGCCCAGCAGCUCAAACUUGCCAUGAAGGGCUUGGGCACAGAUGAGGACACCUUGGUUGAGAUUUUGUCCUCCAGAACCAAUAAGGAGAUUCGAGACAUCAAGAACGCCUACAAGGAGGAGUUCAAGAAGGACCUGGAGGCUGACAUUAAGUCUGACACAGGUGGACACUUCAGAGAUGGUCUUUUGGCUCUCUGCAAGGCUACCAGAAGUGAGGACAGGACUGUGCAAGAGGAUGUGGCAGACAAAGAUGCCAGGGACCUCUAUGAAGCAGGAGAGAAGAGGAAAGGCACUGACUGCUCAGUCUUCAUCAACAUCCUGACCAGCAGGAGCGCUCCGCACCUCAGAAAAGUGUUUGAGCGUUAUUCAAAGUACAGUAAAGCUGAUGUGGCCAAAGCAAUCGACCUGGAGCUGAAGGGAGACAUCGAGAACCUUUUGAUUAGUGUUGUGAAAUGUGCCGGAAGCAAGCCUGCUUACUUUGCUGAGAAACUCAACCUGGCAAUGAAGGGCUCUGGCUACAAAGGGAAGAUCCUGACCCGCAUCAUGGUGAGCCGCUCGGAGAUCGACAUGGAACAGAUCAAGGUCGAAUACAAGAAGAAAUAUGGCAAGACUCUCUACAAGGACAUUCUGGACGACACCAAAGGUGACUACGAGAAGAUCCUGCUGGCGUUGUGCGGAAGUGACCAGUAAACCUCUCUGCUCGCAUUUCUGCUUUGUUUUUUUACUACUGCCAUAUACAAUAGAGAGAAUUAAGUGAUGUCAUCAUGUGCAUUUGUAAUUAAAGAAGGCAGUUUCUUUAAGUGCCA